AUGAGCCUCGUCGCCGAUCCGCUGGAUCGCAUCUUCGCCGGAAACCGCACCUACGCCGAAAGAACUGUGCAGGAUGACCCGCAUCACUUCUCCCAGCUCAGCAAAGGCCAGUCGCCCGAGAUCCUGUGGAUAGGCUGCGCCGACUCCAGAGUCCCAGAGACGACCCUGUGCAAUCUCAAGCCCGGCGACAUCUUCGUCCAUCGCAACAUUGCCAACUGCGUCCACACCGACGACCUGUCCUCUGCCUCGGUUGUCGAGUAUGCCGUCGCCCACAUCAAGGUCAAGAAGGUGGUCGUGUGCGGCCACACCAGCUGUGGAGGAGCCAACGCAGCCCUCAGCGAUGGCGAUCUGGGGACCACUUUGAAUACAUGGCUGCACCCCGUUCGAGAACUCCGCCGCAAGCACAAAGCCGAGCUAGAAAAGCUGCCCGACGACGCCGCCCGUGCUGUCCACCUCGCCGAACUCAACGUCCACUCCUCCAUCGAAGUCCUCAAGCAACACCCCUCUAUCAAGCGCGCCAUCUCCGAGCGCGGCCUGUCAUUACACGGCGUCAUCUAUGAUAUCGCCGCUGGCCAACUGCGCUUGCUUGAAGAGACGGGCAAUAGCAAAAAGUCUUUCGGACUGUGGUCGCCCAACUGA